GGAAGUAGAAAGUUUUUGAGAUUUGUUGUGUCGCCGAAAUUACUACUGUCGUCUUCAAAGAUUACCUCGGUUGAAGACCGAGGUCCGAGGACACACACACAUACACACACUGUUGAAAGAAAACCAGGUGUGAACGCAGCCUACGAAGUCUAAGAUUGUUGUCCUGGCCGUAGGACCAGCAGCGGACGCCAUGAAUAGAGUCCCCCUGCAGCAGCAGCAGAGCUGUGGGUCCUGGGAGCUGAAGGAGCGUCUGGGCACUGGAGGCUUUGGGAAUGUCACAAGAUGGCAAAACAAGGACACAGAGGAGCAGAUUGCUAUAAAGCAGUGCCGUCAGGAGCUCAGCGAGAGAAACAAAGAGAGAUGGUGUCUGGAGAUCCAGAUCAUGAAGAGGUUGGAUCAUGUUAAUGUUGUUGCAGCCAGAGAGGUUCCUGAGGGGAUGCAGAAAAUGGUGGCGACCAAUGAUCUGCCGCUGCUGGCGAUGGAGUAUUGUCAAGGAGGAGACCUGAGAAAGUAUCUUAACCUCUUGGAGAACUGCUGUGGAAUGAGGGAGGGCUCCGUUUUGAUUCUGUUACGUGACAUUUCGUCGGCACUAACCUACCUCCAUAAGAAGAGGAUCAUCCACAGAGAUUUAAAACCAGAAAACAUUGUGCUGCAGCAGGGAGAGAAAAGAUUGAUCCACAAGAUCAUAGACCUUGGCUAUGCUAAAGAGCUGGACCAGAGCAGCCUGUGCACCUCAUUCGUGGGAACGCUUCAGUACUUGGCUCCAGAGCUCAUUGAGAGACAGAAAUACACGGUCACUGUGGACUACUGGAGCUUUGGGACGUUAGUGUUUGAGUGUAUCACAGGAUUUCGCCCUUUCUUACCAACCUGGCAACCUGUUCCUUGGCACAACAAACUGAGGAUGAAGGAGGACAAUGAUAUUGUUGUCUAUGAGGACCUCUCAGGGGAAGUCCGCUUCUCUAAACAUCUGCCCCAGCCCAACAAUCUCAACAGUCUGUUAUUAGAGAGAAUGGAGGGGUGGCUGCAGCUGAUGUUAAAGUGGUCUCCUCAGGAGAGAGGCAAAGACCCCAACGCUACGCCCUCGGACUGCUUCUCCCAGCUGGAGGUCAUUCUACAGCUCAAGCUGGUUCAUGUCCUGAACAUGAUUUCUGCUAAAAUCCUGACGUACUCCGUCUCAGAUGAAGAGACUGUCGCCGACCUGCAGCUAAGGAUAGAAAAAGACACCAACAUCCCUGCAGCCAAUCAGGAGCUGCUGCUUGAGGCCGGGUUAGCCUUGGAGCCCCAUGGACUGGCCACACAGUGUGCCAUAGAUUACACAGAGAUAGAUGGGCGACGGACAGACUUGCCUCUGGUCUUCCUGUUUGAUCGUUCCUCGUGCACUUACGAACCUCAGUUUGCUCCUCGCACCCUUCCAGAAAACAUCCGCUUUGUCCAAACCGACCCCAAACACAUUCUGGCUUACAGCCCUCUGAGGAGGACUUGCGGCCAGGCGUGGCACACCAUUCGCUCCCUGAAGGAAGACUGGCAACGUCUGCAGCAGGGACAGAAAGCUGCCAUCAUGAGCCUGCUGAGACACAACUCUUCACUGUCCAAACAGAAGAAUGAGAUGGUGUCCAUGCAUCAGAGACUCAUGGCCAAACUGGACUUCUUCACCACCAGCCUUCACAUAGACAUGGACAAGUACCAGGAGCAGACAGCCACGGGGAUCGCAUCAGAGAAACUCCUGGGUGUGUGGAGGGAGAUGGAGCAGACUGCUGUCAGCUGUGGUCAGGCCAAAGUGAGCGAACUGGAGGAAGAGAUGAUGCAGCUGCAGCCAGACAUAGUGGAUGUGCAAAGACAACCGUGGAGGAGUGGAGAAGCCCUGGACAAUCUUGAAGGAAAGGCCAUGGAGCUGUUCCGCAAACUCAGAGAGAAGCCCAGAGACCAGAGAUGCCCAGGGGACAGUCAGGAGGUGGUGCGGCUGGUGUUUCAGGCUGUGCAGUUCUAUGAAAAGAAACUCCGAGACUUUUACACACAUCUCAGUAAGACAGCAGUGUGCCGUCAGCAUGUGAUGGAGCUGCUGCCGAAAGUGGAGGGCGUGGUCCAGAAGAUGGCUGAGAGCGAACAAGUCCUGAUGAGUCUGCAGGAGAAACGACAGAGGGAGCUGUGGAACCUGCUCAAAGUCGCCUGUAGUAAAGUCCGCAGCCCGGUCAGUGGAAGUCCUGAUGGACUACGGACCCCCUCUUCAGUGCCGCCUCUGUUGACCCCCAGACACAGCUUACAGCAGCUUGAUGAGUCUCUUGUGGAGGAGAGCAGGACAUUCGAGAGCCGACUCCAGAGUUUGCUGCAUGACACCAUCCAGGAAUCAGAAAGCAGUAUGGAGGUGCUGAGGGAGUGGACGUGGCUGCGUGGGAGCAACAAUUUCUCCAGCGACCUCUCCUGAGCUGGAUUUCAUUCUUUGCUCACAUAUGGUAUUUUACUGCCUCUUGGUGGAUUAGAUGUCAAACUGCACAGAGAUGUGUUAGUAACUGGUCUGUUAAAUAAUGUGAAUAGAGUAAUAGUGAGAGAAUGAGAUUAAGGAGUAGGUAAACCUGCUCACAACUCCUGGCUGAUGUAAAAAGUAACAAAAAAAAAAAAGAAAAAAAGGAAAAUUAAUAACAAAUUUAUCUCAAAUAAGAAUUAACAUCAGAGGAAUUUAUUAAAGCAGGAUCUUAUUUAUUUACCCCUUUUGAAUUUUAACAAAAUAUUAAAUAUGUUUUUAAGGUAAAAUUGCACAUGCAAACUACUUAGAAAAUCUCACUCAUACAGUUACUAACAGAAUCUCAAUAAAUAAAAUCAUAAAAAAAAAGAAAGAAAAUCUCACUCACAUCAAACCUUCAUACAUUCCUGCAGUGUCAGUAUGUGGAGAGGUGUACACACUGUACAAAGCAUCUGAAUCUAAUUUUAAAACACACAGACAUAAAGAGCUAAUUCAAUGUUGAGAUACAGAAGUGAGAGAAUUCAUAAUGUAAAUAAUGUUUUACCAAAGUUGACAGAAACAAAUAUUUGUUCUAUAUUUUGAAACUGUAUAUUUUAGUUACAUUUGUUUCACAAUGUUUGAUGGACUUUAACAGGAAACAAUAGAUAUUUUAUGAUAAAAAAAAAAGGUUUCAGUUAUAUUGUGAAGCUUGUGACUGCAGUAAAACUGAUCUGCGCUGCC